CACGCCCCCAACCUCGGUCGCGUCAGGGAGAGCCCGAGGGACUCCGAGACCGAAAGGGGCUGGAGCUCUCCAGACACGCCCCCUCCGGAAUGCCGUCACUGAGGGCAGAAGGAAGACAGCUAGACAAACCCUACUAGGGGGGGCCUGAUCAACCAGGAGAGGAGGGAAGAGGGCCAGUGGCUUGUCUCCCAGACUGGACCAUCAGAUCAGUUCCAAGAUGUGACCUCAACGCCCAACAUCCAACAGCUAUCCCCCAAAGACUGGUGACGCCCACUUGUUUCCAGCUUUUUGAUGUGAUAUAAAUAGCAGUUGAAGAACUUAUUGUGCAAGAGAACGUGUUAGACUGAAAGAGAUGCUAAGAUGAAUGAAAAGUGGCUGCCCUCAAGAAGCUUCCAAUCCAGCCAGAGAAAUGAGACAGGAGGAGGGGACCCCAGCAAAAUGCCUACAUUGCCCUUAGAUGAACUACAGAUCAUGGAAAAAGAUCCCCAAACGGGAAAGCUGAGGACAGUGCCAGCCCUGCACCCAGACCAGAAGGCCGACCGCUGCUUUGUGAUUUACAAAGCUCCACCUGUAGACAACUGCGCCGCCGGUGUAGAGGAGUACCUGGAACGGGCCGCCUUCAUCGCUGACGACCUCGACUGGCUGCUGGCCUUGCCCCAUGACAAGUUCUGGUGCCAGGUGAUCUUUGAUGAGACCCUGCAGAAGUGCCUGGACUCCUACCUGCGCUAUGCACCCCGCAAGUUCGAUGAGCUGUCUGCACCCCCCUCGGCGGUCAGCGACAUGCAGAAACGCCUCCAUCGCAGUGUCUUCCUCACCUUCCUCCGCAUGUCCACGCACAAGGAAUCCAAAGAUCACUUCAUUUCCCCAUGUGCUUUUGGAGAUAUCCUGUAUAACAACUUCCUCUUUGACAUCCCAAAGAUGCUGGACUUGUGCGUGCUGUUUGGAAAGGGCAAUGGGCCCCUGCUUCAGAAGAUGAUUGAAAACAUCUUUAUUCAGCAGUCGAAUUAUUACAAUGAUCUGGACGAAACUGUGCCCACUAUCCUUCAGGUACUCAGUGAUAUCCUCCAGCGGUGCGGCCUGCAGAGCGAAGGGGCCUCCACCGAGCCCCAGAGACUGGAAGAGAAAGUCAGAAUAAACCCCGGCGCCAUGCCUCUUCAGGAAUUAAGAGAUGUGGUCCUCUACUUGUGUGACACAGCUACCACCCUCUGGGCCUUUUUGGAUGUCUUCCCAUUGGCUUGCCAGACCUUCCAAAAGCAUGACUUCUGUUCCAGACUGGCUUCUUUUUACGAGCUGUCGAUUCCUGAGCUGGAGUCCGCAAUCAAGAAGAGGAGGCGGGAGGAUAGCAAGUUAUUGGCUGACCUAUGGCAGAGGUUUUCCCAUUCUCGGAAGAAGUUGGUGGAAGUUUUUCAUAUCCUCAUUAAUCAGAUCUGCCUCCUUCCCAUCUUAGAAAGCAGCUGUGAAAACAUCCAAGCCUUUAUCGAGGACUUUCUUCAGAUUUUCAGCUCCCUGCUACAAGAGAAGAGAUUUCUCCGAGAUUAUGACGAACUCUUCCCUGUGGUGGAUGACGUGAGUUUGCUGCAGCAGGCGUCUUCAGCCUUGGAUGAGACCCGGACUGCCUACAUCCUACAGGCCGUGGAGGGGGCUUGGGAAGGUGUGGACAGGAAGAAAGCUUCCACCACCAAGGACUCAUCACCAUCCAAGGCUCCUGAGAGGCCUCGGGCGUCAGAGCCAAGCCCCAGGGCAGCCCCCACCCAGCCGAAGCCUGCUAACCAUGAGGAUGAGUGUGCCGGGGCGGCAGCCGCUGCGCCCGCUGCCACCGCCCGCAUCUCUGGAGUCGAGCUCGACUCCCUGAUCUCCCAGGUGAAGGACCUGCUGCCGGACCUGGGCGAGGGCUUCAUCCUGGCCUGCCUGGAGCACUACGGCUAUAGCACGGAGCAGGUGAUCAAUAACAUCCUGGAGGAGAGGCUGGCCCCGGCGCUGAGUGGCCUGGACCGCAGCCUCAACAGGCAGAUGCAGCCAGGCCCGACCCCGCUGGUCAAUUCUCGCCAUAACGUUUUCCAGAACGACGAGUUUGAUGUGUUCAGCAGAGACUCGGUAGACCUGUCUCGAGUGCAGAAAGGCAGGAGGAAGGGUGAGAACACCCGGAGCCUGCUCAAUGACAAGCGGGUGGUCCAGGAGCAGAGGGAGCGCUACAGCCAGUACAGCAUGGUGGUGGACGAGGUUCCUGUCCAGGAAGGGGCCGCAGAGGGCCAGCUUUGCAGGGACGACUACGAGGAUGAGUACGAUGACACAUACGACGGCAACCAAGUAGGCGCCAACGACGCCGACUCGGACGACGAGCUCAUUAGCCGGAGGCCGUUCACCACGCCCCAGGUGCUGAGAACCAAAGUGCCUCAUGAGGGGCCUGAGGAGGAGGAGGAGGAAGAGGAGGAGGCUGAAGAAGAAGGCCCGAAGCCGGAUCACUUUAUCCAGGACCCCGCCGUGCUGAGGGAGAAAGCAGAAGCCCAGCGGAUGGCCUACCUGGCCAGGAGAGGGUACAGGCACGACGGCUCUUCCACAGUCACUGGCAACCCUCGGGGCCACGGGCAGAGCCGAGAGACGACCCAGGAGCGCCGGAGGAAGGAGGCCAACAAGGGGGCCAGAGCGAAUCACAACCGGCGGCUCAUGGCCGACAGGAAGAGGACCAAAGGCAUGAUCCCGUCCUGAGCGUGUCCCCACCCCCACCCCCACCCCCGGAGGGCCCCCGGCGCCCCGGCCCCCCCCUCUAGCCAAAGCAUUGACCCUGAGGCCGCUGGGGAUUCCGACCGCUCCCUGGGGCCGAGGCCAGAGAGCUUCUUGUCUUCCCCUCCAUGACCGUCAGCUCUGGAGUCCCGCUGGGAAGCCGGGCCAGCGGCGACUCUAGGACCUUCCCUCUGAACACCGAGUGCCUUAUCCACGGUGGCCGACUCCAGGCCCGAGGUUUCGAGCACACGGCCCGGGCGGCCCUCGGACCGGGCCCAGGACAGGCCUUCCUCCUCAUGCAGGGUGUGGCCGGGCUUUUGGCCGGCGCGGCAAGAAUUCUGUAUAUAAGACCCACAAUAAACUCUCUGAAGCCAUCAGGCAUUGUCCGUGGAGGCCGGCAGGGCCCCCAACCCUCCCCGGGAGGCCCUCCUCCCCGCAGAGCCCGGCUUCCUCAUGCCUUUCCUGACUCACUCCAUCCUCACGGGAAUCCCACCACUUCCCAUUUUACAGAGGAGGAAACCGAGGCUGGGGGCAAGGAGGGACUGGCCCCUUGGGCCGGCAUCAGGGCCGGGAGCAGAGCCCAGGUCCCUCGCCUCAGGCCGGGCUCCACCUUCCCCAGCAUCGGGAAGAAGACGGGAAGGAAGGGGAGCCCAGAGCACAAAUCCCCAGGGACCCCCAUCACACACUCAGCGCUUGUAGCCGCCCGCCGAGGAUGCCAGGGAAGGUGCUGGCGGCUGCCCAGCCUCUGGCCACCAUCCCCAUGGACGGGCCCCCCGGGGGGGGAGACGGGAGACCUGGGGGCAAGGAGGGGGUGCAGCUUCCAUUCCCCACCCCAACUUCUCAGCAAAAACACCUGACCUCCAGCCCUCUCCCUCCAAGUUCCUGUUCACGUAGCUCUGCCAGGCACUGGGGGGGGGGACACGUGGCAAGGGGUGCCCGUCCCGAGGCCAGCACCCUCCAGGUUACAGCACAGCUGGGGAGGCGCAUCCCUGGGAGUGGAGCAGGGGCUGUAGUAGGAGCUCGAGCUCCAGCCAGGCUCGGACACACAAACACACUCAAGGGUGCAACGUUACACACACACACACACAUAAGACCACGAGCCCACAAGGGGUGGCCCGAGGUCCUGGAGGCCGAGGGCUGAGUGGUCGGUGCAGACAGUGAGUUUAGCGGCCGAGGGCAGCAAGAGGCAGCUGCGGUGGGCAGUCUAUGCAGGAGGAGGAAGGAGCUGAGCUGGCCUCUUCCAUUCGCAUUCCUUUCACUGCCUCCAUCCUGGGGCCAUCUUGCUUUCCUGUCCUUGACAUUCCUGCCCAACUAACUAGCAACUUUGCCUCCCAAUCACUUGUGCCUUUGCUCACAACUGUUCCUGAUGCUGGAAAUGUCUUCCCUCUUCUUUGCCUGUUGACUUUGGACCCACCCUUAAAAGCCCAAUUCCAACGGCACCUCCUCCAGGAAGCCUGUCCUGAUUUCACCCCCACCCUCUCACGGAGCACUUUGUUUUGUAACACUCUAAUGCACUUAUGGAAUACUCUGUACUCUAACUCUGGUGGUCUCUUCUCCUUCUGUUAGACUGUAAGCUCCACGAGGGCAGGGACUGUGUCUCUAUGUCUUAUCUGACUCUGUAGUUACCCAGAGCACCUAACGAUGCCCACCCUGCACGAGGCUAAGGGCUUAAAAAUAAACAUUUGGUGGGUAUGAGACCUUGUGA